UGUGCGCGAAUUUUCUCUUUGGCAGGACAAAACGUGCGAGUUUGGAUUUUUGAAUACCGGAAGUGGUUUUUUGGGAAGGUGGUUUAGGGUUUGUUUUGGGUGAUUGAUGAACCCGGAAGUGGGGCUUUCAAGUUGUGUUUCCGACUCGCUGAAAAGAGUUGAGUGAGCCUUUUUUGUUUCGGGGAAAUGUUGAGUGAUUCGUGAAUUAAUGUCCUGUUGUCCAAAACAGAAAGUCGCCGUUAUAGUUCCGUUGUAAGUUGAUGGUCGCGACAAUGGAGAUUUCCGCAGUACGCCUCGAUGAAGUGGUUCCGGCCAGCAAAGGUUUCGCGUGACAACCGGUUAUCAAGGUGGUUAAUCUAGCUGGACGAGAAAACAGCAAACGGCUGGCCUGGGCCUGGAUGUUUAUUUACUACUACGAGGUGCUGCUGAAGAGUGAUUUAGUCGUGUUUCUCUUUCGGUAUUGGAAGUUGUCGUCCGGUCUAUGCAAAUAGCCAGACGAAGGUCAGGUCCAUCGGACCGAUUCUAUCGACCGGGUUAAAAUGUAAAUGAGGGCUGCUGACCCGUGUCUACCACAUCCUUUGGAACCUAGCAGGACGAUUAGGGAUCCAUCCGCGAGACGCUGCCAAUCGAUAGUGUAUAAUGUAGCGCCAUGUUGCGUCUCCACUUCGUUUGUUUGACUACAACUCGGACAACGUCUGCUGCCUGCUGCUGCUAUCGGUAGACGAUGAUUCAGCGUAUCCGGUUCCGGAUCCACUAAUAGGCACUAGGCUAUUUUGCAUAGCACACGCUUCAGUUGAGAGCGCCCACGUUUUUCGAAAGGAUUGCAUAAAAAUCAGUGUGUAAAAACCUACCACGGCCUAAAGCGCGUGGGAGCAAAGUAAAAUAUAACAGAAGCAGAAGCAAGAAGAAAAAAAAACUCUGCUAAAUGUACAAACAGCGAUUCCGGAAAUAGUCCCAUUGGGUGCAGUCAGUGAUAGUGACCAAGUGCUAGCACCUGAGACUCCGAACUUCCGGAAGCAGGAAACGGAACCCGACGACGACCAUUAGGAGGACUGUAUUUAAUCGUCUGAGCGCAUGCAAGUUUGUCGAUGACAAAAAACUGCCCCCACACCGUAUCCUUAACGCGGGAUCCGAAAAUAUCUGAAUGAAUUUGGUGCAACAAAUCCCAGCUAUCUGAGUGCAAAUCUGAAUAAGUGUGCACAUUUCUUACUCAGAAGGGGUGCAUUUGUGGAAGCCUGUUCCUUUUUUUUAUGUUACUCAUUCCUUCUGGAGUCUGUAUCCCCAUUGUAGGAGGCAUUCAAGCUGAAAGUUAAUUAAAGCCUUUCGGGAAGUUUUCCGGAUGUUCGUCGUUGAGUUAUCCUACUGCUACCACUGCUGAUGGAACAGUGAAAGUUGAAGAAAAAAAUUGUUGGUAAAGUUCGUUGUGACCGCCAAAUGGAACACGGUGCAUAAGAGUGUGUGUGUGGGUGCAACUUGCAAGUUAACGGGCUUUUGUGGCAUUUAAAUGGUUGAUGGGUCCCUCUGGAGUGUGUGAAGGAAAAUUUCAUGGAUUAAGCUGAAACACUUCUGGUGAUAAAUUGAAAACGAAACGGACUUCUUUUUGACCAUAUGGAAAAAUAGCUGAUAAUAAAGGACAGGAUAAUCUUCCACGCGCGCCACCCACCACAACAACAAUAUGGCCAAUGCAUCAUUACGUGACGAUGAGUUUGUCGAUGGUAAAUCCCGAGUGACGACAACGAAGACGUUUGUAGUAUUACUACGCGUAUAAUAGUAUCCCACUGACACGUGUCUGGCUGAAGGAGAAGGAAAGAAAACUCGCCUUCAAGAUGAGUACCGGAUAUACCAUUCAGUAUGCGGAUUAUUUUAACCGAUCCUGGCGCAAUGAUUCGCUGGUGACUUCCGGCGGAAAUGGGUCCGGCUAUGCGGUCGGCAGUGGUCUAGCCGAAAAUGCCCUAAACGAUACGUACGAAAUCUACGCCCCGAACUUCCCGUACGUCACAUCGACAGAGGAGCAGAACUACAUCGAGCUGCUCAGUGCCAGAUUAAGAAAUGAAUCGAACCAUUCACUUUAUGGAGCUGGAGUCCCACCUCAUCCUAGCCCCGUCGAAUGCAGCAGCGGAUAUUGGGCGGGUCUGUACUUCGAGAUCACCAGCUACUUCCUGUACGUGCUAGUGUUCGUUACGGCUGUCAUCGGCAACUCAAUAGUACUGUUCAUAGUCCAAUCUAAUCCGAGAAUGCGAACCGUAACGAACUACUUUAUCACCAACCUGGCCGUGGGGGACCUGAUGAUGAUGUUGUUCUGCGUUCCGUUUACCUUCAUAUCGUCCUUCGUGCUGCAGUAUUGGCCCUUUGGGUUGGCCAUGUGCCGCCUCGUUAACUAUACCCAGGCCGUAUCGGUGCUGGUGAGCGCGUAUACCCUGGUGGCCAUCAGUGGCGAUCGCUAUAUCGCCAUCAUGUGGCCGCUGAAGCCGAGGAUUACGAAGACAUGUUCCAAAGUCCUGAUUGGGAUCGUGUGGAUCAUUGCGCUGAUAACGGCGGCACCGAUUGCGAUCUUCUCGACGCUGAUCGUUCCUACCGAGUGGCAUUCCAUGUGUGAUCUCCCUAUUUGCAAGGAGAUCUGGCCUUCGGCGGAGCAGGAAGGUUACUACACCACGACGCUGCUCAUUACGCAGUUCGUGAUUCCACUGCUAGUGCUCAUCUACACCUACACCCGGAUAGCGAUCGUCGUCUGGGGCAAACGACCCCCCGGAGAAGCGGAAAACUCCCGGGACCAGCGGAUGGCCAAAUCGAAACGAAAGAUGAUUAAAAUGAUGGUGACGGUCGUUAUUGUCUUCACGAUAUGCUGGCUUCCCUUUAACUUUUUAAUGAUAGUCAACGUGGACACCAGCUGGGACCUGCUGCCCUACGUAUGGUUCGGUUUCCACUGGCUGGCGAUGUCCCACAGCUGCUACAACCCGAUCAUCUACUGCUACAUGAACGCGCGCUUCCGGUCCGGAUUCAUCCUGGUGCUCCACGGGGUUCCCGGACUUCAGCAGCUCUGUUGCUGCAUCCGGCACAAGGUCCCAAGCCAGCUGGGCCGGAACGUCGGCUCUUCGGUGGCCCUCGCCGGAAUCGAUGAAGUAUCGCAUCUGCAUCGAGUUAACACAUGUACCACGUACAUAAGCACCCGCCGGAAGACAAAUCUCAACGUCCAUCAGUCGCAAACGACGGAGACGUCCCUGUUGCGGUGAUACGCGCCCCCGAACUACGACUGAAAGCUGGGGUCCAUCGAGAGAGGAGGAACUGGAACUGGAGCUGGAGCAGGAGCAGGAGGAUUGCAGCGUCCGGGUGCUUCCGGACGGCCUCUGGUCGAUCUGGAGGAAACCGUGCUUCUGGAAGUUCCACCGCUGCUGAUGGGAACCGGUGUCGGUGGCUCAACGACGAUGACGCCGAUGAUGUCGGUGGCUGGAGGGCAGGGUGCUGUUGCUGCUUCUGGUCAUUUGGCUGGUGACCAGCAGCGGCAAAGAUCGCCAGUUGCGGUUGCCGCCUCCAAUGGAAGUGUGGUUAGGGCUGCUGAGGGAAGAAACUCGCCACCACCCCCGACAAAUGGGAAGCAAAACGGAAGGAUACGCUAGAUUUGAGGAUGGGAAACUCGAGCGAGAAGCGAUUUAGGGUAGGUCAGUUUGUAGGAUUCAUGGAGCGAUUUGCUUGAUUGGGAAAGCUAUAAACAAACGAUAUAUUGGGUAAUCAAUGGCAUUUAG